CCACCACAUCGCACUAUGGCCGACACAUCAAGCAGCGCCACCGCAGCGCCACAGCGCAUCCUCGUCGCGCUCGCCACGGGCAAGCAGGGCUCGGCCGUCGUGCGGGCACUGGCAGCGCACAACAGCGCCGAGCACACCCGCUUCGCCGUCCUCGGCUGCACACGCGAUGCCUCGUCGGCCAAGGCUUCUGCACUCGCGGCACUGCCGGGCGUGACGCUGCUCGAGACGCCGUACGAUGCUGCGGCGCUCUUUGCCAAGGCGCAGCAGCACGGCCAGCGCCUCGACGGCGUCUUCUCCGUGCAGCUCUCGGCCGACACUACCUUCGAGGCCGAGGUGGCGCUCGGCUGUGCGAUGGCCGAUGAGGCGGCAAAGGCGCACGUGGGCCUCUUCGUCUACGCCAGCGUGCAGCGUGGAGACGUCGACAAGACAGACAUCGUGCACUUUGAGUCGAAGCGCGCCAUCGAGCAGUACAUCGCCGACAAGCACCCGACGCUACCGUGCGCCAUCUUACGUCCCGUCUUCUUCGCCGACAAUCUCGGCGACUACGGCUACUCCUCCAAGCUCUUUGCGGCCGCGCUCAACGCGUGCGUCAAGCGUCCACUGCAGCUCGUGGCGUGUCGCGACAUCGGCAUCGUCGCUGCAAAGGCCUUUGCUGCGCCGCAGGAGUGGCACGGCAAGACACUGGCGCUGGCGGGCGACGAGCUGAGCGUCAAGGAGAUGGCGGAGCAGUUCAAGCGGGUCAAGGGCACCGCCCUGCCGAGCACGAAUUCCUUCCUCGGUCUCGCCCUCGUCAAGAGUGUGGCGCCGCUGCGCACCAUGUUCAACUUCUUCAACGACCCUGGAUUCAGCGCAGACAUCGCAAAGUGCAAAGAGGUGCACCCGGAAAUGUGGACGUGGCGGGAGUAUGUGGAGCACGCGUGGUGAGGCGGAAGCGCAUCAGGCGGAGCAUCAGACAAUCUAGAUACCAUCAAAGCGGCCAG